UUGCCAUCGUMAGUGAGCUAGACGAGGGCUUCUGAGGAUUACACUGGAGACAUUAUCUUGAAGCUAUGUUGAAGUUUAUCAUUCUUGGCCUUGCGUUUACUCUCUCUGUAAACUCUUACAGGCUUCCUUUGUACAAGCUCAGUCCUGCAACACAGAUAACGAGCGAACAAAAUGGCAAUCUUGUGGACCUUGCUCAGUCGCUUGGCCUAACUUCACUCAUUGCCGCUGCCGAGAAAGUCAAAAUUGCUUCUGUUCUAGAGAAUGCACCAGCAUUAACUCURUUUGGACCUACUAAUGAAGGAUUUGAUCGAGUUCCUGAGCCAAUCAAGCCAUUGCUUGCCAAUGACACGAUAUUGAGAUUGUUCCUUUUUUUCCACGUACUGAAAGGUGACGUCUACGCYAGUGCUAUCAAGAACGAGCUUCUUGUWCCAACAAUUCUGGAAACUAAGCCAAAACUCUCGAUUCGUUUUAAUAUCUACGAGAACGAUGGAGUUGGAAAGGUUGUAACAGCUCAAUGUAGUAAGAUCAUCAAAGUCAAUCAGAAUGCAUCCAACGGUGUAAUCCAUGUAGUGGAAAAUGUAAUGAUACCAGCCAAUGAAACCAUUGCUGGGAUAGUCACGACCUACAAGCAGUAUUACAGCACCUUGCUCCUUGCUCUCCAGAAAGCYSAACUUGAUGUUGUCUUGAGCGGAGACGGACCUUUUACAGUCUUUGCACCUACAAAUGGCGCGUUUGCAAAGAUUGAUCCUGAAAAGCUAAAGAAGAUCCUGGCUGACAUCGAAUUGCUGACCAAAAUUCUGAAGUAUCACGUGGUAGCUGGUACCCAGUGCUCUGCUGGUCUUUACUCUGGCCAAAAGGUUCCCACUCUUGAGGGAAGUGAUGUAUCUGUGCAUUUUGCCCCAGGAGCUGUGUAUGUUAACAACGCUCGUGUAGUGUACGUGGAUGCAACGGCUACUAAUGGUGUUAUUCACACUAUUGAUACUGUACUCAUUCCACCAGGCCUGGAACUCUGAUUUUUAGGGUUUACGACUGCUGACCGAAAGUACGAUGUAAUGAUUUAUUGAUACAGAGAUGUUAGUAAUGAUGAUUUAACUUGAAUUAAAAUCGAAUAUUUUCCUCA